CCUCCCGGUAACGUCCCUGGACAACCAAUGAUGCCAAGUGGGAUGGAUCCCUCCAGGCAAGGUGACAGCGGAGAAUUCGUUUCAUGGCAAGGUCCAUCUGGAAUGAGCCCAAUGAACCCGCGCAUGAACCCUCCGCGGGGUCAGCCAAUGGGACCCAUGAAUCCAGGAAACUAUGGUGGCAUGAGGCCUCCUAGUGGAGGAAUGGGACCAUCUGGGCCCCAGAUGUCACCUAUGUCUAUGCCUGGUCCCGGAGGCCGACCAUGGAACCCAAACACAUCUUCUAUGAAUUAUUCAUCAUCAUCACCAGGAAGUCAUUAUGGGGGACCUCCUGUUUCAAGCUCAGGUGGUCAGGGUCCAGGAACUCCCAUAAUGCCAAGUCCUCAGGAUUCCUCAGGAUCUGGACCAGAUGGAAUGUACACAAUGAUGAAGCCUGUUCCAGGAGGUAAUAUGCCAGGGUUCUCAAUGGGUCCUGGUCCUGAUGGGCCUAUGGGGCCCAUGGGUCCAGAUAUGGGACCACCUGUUCUUAAUGGCAUAUCAUCGGGUGAUGGUAUGGAGGGAAUGAAGAAUUCUCCAGCAACUGGUCCUGGCACUCCUCGAGAAGAUGGACCACAAAUGGGGGAUUAUGGUAUUCCAGGUUAUGGACAAGACAAUUAUCAACUUGAUCCCAGCCGUAGCACUUAAUGAGAGAACAUGCAGGAGAAAAUUUAUUCAGAAAAACUAGAGCUUAUAUACACCAACUCACAUCUCACAUUCAGGCAAUAAUCUACUUUGUAAGAUGCAUUGCACCUUCGUUAAAGCAUCAUCUUCUGUGACAACCUCAUAUUCAGUACUGUUUCAUUCUGCAAAUGGCCAGCUUUUCUCCGGUAAUCCUUUUCUGAUUUGGGUGCUCAAGAAAUGAAUGUGUAUAGCAAUGCCUCUUGUGACAUUUAUGAUGAUCUGCUCCCAAGAGUUAGUCAUUUCACUUUUGUGAAUGAAAGGAUAUAUUGGUUAUUUUAUUAUUAAAUUAACAUUAAACAAAUUGAUAUAUUCUGUGAAUGAACUUGAUUUUCAAAGAAAAUGGAAUGACUAACAAUUGGAAAUCAAAAGACAGAUCAAGACUUUUCAGAUACAUUGGUGUAAGAAAAGAUAAUCAGACUUUUUCUCUUCACACAUGUAAUAUUACAGUGGGAUAAAAUGGUACAUGUGUUGGUGACCCACUAGAUACCGUAGGUGCUGAAUGUUGUUAUAAAGCUACCCUAGCGCAACAAAAAGUGAACGUGUACAAGAGACUCUUCUACAUCUCCUGCAAUUUCUCUUCUCUGCUAUGUUUUAGCAAAGUAUCUAAAGGCAGCAGACCCAUCAUGGCUGCUGUAGGUUGACGUAUGUGUACAGAUAAUGUUAGUGACUAUCUCUUAGGUUUGUCCCCUCUUCAUCUCAAUACAGGCAUUAAUGUCCCAAAAUUUCUGGCGCAUUUUCUCACCAUUUUCUGCAUCUAUUUAUCUUCUCAGAAAAUUGAAACAAGUAUGUUUUGCAUGAUCACUGAUUUUUUCUUCAAUGAUUUCCCCUCCUUAAGCAAAAGUAGUUCAGCAGAUCUGAAAAUUUUGAUUUCUUAUUUAUUUUAAUAUUUCAGUAUGUGUGCAGAAAUUACUUUUACUUAUAAUUUUAAUUAAAUUCAUAUUUUUAUACAGAUUCGGAACCUGAGCAUUAAUGUCAUCUUUAUUAGGAUUCCUUGUGGCAUUCUGGCUAAAUUAUUAAUUUAAAUGGUUAAUUUCAUUAAAACUGCUGUUCAAAGCAUUUUUACAUAAAUUUUUUAUCAUAAACUUAAAUUUAGGUAUAGAUAUUUUAAUUUUAUUUGGAUUUUACAGACUGAAAUUAUAUUCAAAAACGGAAACUAGGUGAACAUUACUUUAAUGUAUUUCACCUUUUAUGUAAAAGAGAGAUCUUUUCAUUAUUUAAUAUUUAGAAUAUUUUCUUUCUAGACAAAUGAAGCCAACUAAAAUAUGUUCGUAAAUUUUGAAAAUGAUCAUGUUCAGAUUUUGCAGAUAUUCUUUUUUUUCCUUUAAAGCUGAAGAUUCAAGUAGCUAAUGACGUUUCUGUACAAAUUGUUCUUGUAGUUAUGUAAAAAGUAUGAAGUGUCUUAUCCUUGGAAAACACUAUAUUUACUCGCAUAAUUCGAUUUUCUUCACCUGCUUAAGAUUACACUACAUUAAGUUUGAAUAGGCAUCCUGUAUAAGGAAAUGUCAAUUUAUAUAUAAAAAAAGUGUUCGAACUAAAAAAUUUUUAUUUUACAGUACAAAGUCCGUAAUCCGGAUUAGGGGGUUUUCCGGACUAUAGAUCAUCAAUUUAAAUUUGAUAAGAUGGCAUG